UACAUUUCCUCCAACGCGGAAGUUGCGGUUCAAGCGCUGGGAACUGAAAUCUAAAACACGUUAGGGAUCCGCUCUCCGUAAAUAAUUGUUCUUUGAGAGUGUCUUGUAAAUGAUGCACAUUCUCCAUCCUGAAAAUGCAUAGCACUUUGAAAAACUGGAAGAAGACGUUUGCAGAUUUUGCACCGGAUAUAGAGUUGACCUGUGGGAUAGUGACUGUGAUCGUGCUGUCAUGUGUCUUUAGUGGCAUACCGUAUUACUUAGAUAUUUCAGAGCACUUUUUCAGUUUGGAGUCCAGUGCUGUCAUUAGCGGCCAUGUCUACAAACUCUUCACCUAUUUCCUCUACCACAAGAAUAUGAUGCUUUUGUUCCUAAGUGCCGUCCUGAUGAUGCUUCCCUGUAGCGGGCUGGAGCGAGGGAUCGGAACGGUCAGAUUCCUCUACCGGUCACUGCUGCUGUCGUCCAUCUGUGGAGUCCUUCAUGUGCUGCUUGAAUCACUGCUGUUCUCCCCAUCUAAUAGGAGCUCAGUAAACGGGCUCGUCCCAUUAGCUCUGUCUGUCCUGGGAAUGAUGACCAUCAAUUCUGUUAUGCGGAAGGCGUAUAUAAUGGGUGUCAGUGUGCCUACUGCAUCUCUCCCCUGGAUAAUUCUAAUAAUUAUAACCCUGUUCUUUCCAAACACUGUCUUCCUUUGCAACGUCCUGGCCAUUGUUACAGGAAUGUUACAUGGAAUGGGGUGGUUUUCAUUGUUAGAGAUGUCAGAAUCUAGAGCUUCUGUCUUGGAGAAGAAGUUCCCUUUUCGUUUGCUAAAGCAAAUACCUGGUGUCCAGUUCAUCCCUGCAUCGACCGAAGAGCGCAAAAAGCCACUUGACCUCACAGAUGCUCCACCAGGGUCGUACCCUGUCCAGGCCUACGCUCCAGUAAAUGCCGCCAAUGGUCAAGUUACAGGACACCUUCCCAACACAUUCGAUGGUUGGCCGGUCUCACUGUAUCCUCAACAGCAAUACACAUUUACUUCGCCUUACGCUGGAGUCGGCAUUGGUCACAAUCACGGUCAUAGUCAUGGUCACAGCCAUGAACAUCAUCAUGGGCACAGCCAUCAUACCGGCAGCCCGUGGAUGCCCAUGUCCCCAUACGCUCAGCAUCAGUUCAAGCCUCCAGUUAACCUGACAGGGCAGCCCUUCACUAAACUACCUCAGCCAGGAGUGCCAUUCACACCUCCGAUCUCACAGCCAAAGUCUGGAGUGCCUGCCUUUCCCACAACUCCUCCUGGAGCCUCUGUGUCAUUGUCAUCCUAGAGAUUUGAUGCCUUAUCUGCAGGUUUUUUUGUUUGUUCAUUCUUCUGAUACCUCAUGUCUUGUUCCUAGAAUUCAAACGGCUCCAGAUGUGCAAUUUUGCAACCUGGGUGAUGUUUAACUUGUUUUUAAAUUUAUACAGUUGCUGUUUUGCUACAUAACAUUUUGUACCUUAAAUUAAAAACUGAAUUGAGUAAAACAUUUUUCCAUCUUAUGUUUUAAUCAAUUAUUUAGCCAUUUGAUAUAAUGCAGUAUUUUUUUAAACAUGUCCAUACAUCACAUUUUGAGGCCAGACAGUGUUUGUGCAUAUUCUUUAUUUGUCAAACAUUGUAUGACUGAGAUCACAAUGACAUUUCUCUUCCCAAGCAAUAUUAAUGCAUUAAGUUUAAAAAUUAAACAAAUGCAAGCUCGUCUCAUUUUAAAACCACAAUGCUGAGCAUUUUGAUGCCAUUGCUGCUUUGGCUCAAGGGGGAUGAAUUGAGGAGUCAAUUCUAUAAUCAUAAGUAGAAAUCAGUGGAAAAGAUGUACCAAUCAAGAAAAUGAGAGAAGAACUUUCUUUUCUUUUAAUAAAUGCACCUGUUAAAAUGCUAGGAAAAUACAUACAUUUAAUAUAUUCCUAUGACCAUUAACACUUGACCAGUUUGCUAAAACUU